GGCUCCGUUCUGGCGUUUCUGGGCCCUCUGAUUUGCAAAGACGCGCUCGCACGUGGACGGGAGUGUGGACUCUGCGAUCCUGCCCUCCUGACCCGUAUGUUCGAGGAGCCUGAAUGGGCCGAAGCGGCCCCAGUAGCCGCGGGCCUCGGGCUGGUAACCCCACGGCCUCGACUCGCGGCAACCUCUCAAGUCAAGGGCUCCAAGCACCGCCAGCUCUUGGCCACAUUACGGGCCCUGGAGGCAGCAUCUCUUUCCCAGCAACCCCCCAUCCUACCUGGCAGUGACUCUGAGGAGGAGGAGGUGGAAAGGAAGAAGAAACACCCCAAAAAGACCUUGUUUGCCAAUGCCUCUACUGAAGUAGGGGAGAAAAGGAAGAAGAAAUGUCAAAAACAAGGCCCACCUCGCAGUGACUCUGAGAAAGAGGAAGUGGAAAGGAAGAAGAAAUGCCACAGACAGGCUCUCGACAGUGACUCUGCUGAACAGAAAAGAAAGAGGAAAUGUCAGAAACAUGCCCCUUCAAACCCAGCCCAGCACCUGGACAGUGUUGAGCCAACAGGUCCCAAAACCCAGAAGAGUAGUGCUACAGAUGACCCACGCAUGCCAAGCCUUGGGUCCACUUCCCCUAAACCUCCUCAUACCUUGAACCGCAAGCAGUGGCGGAACCGGCAGAAGAACAAGCGGAGACAUAAGAACAAGUUUCGGCCAGCUCAGAUGCCAGACCAGGCUCCAGCUGAGGUCCCCACAGAGGAGACAGAGAUGCCUCCUACCCCUAAGCCAGACAGCCAUGAAGCCCGGGCGGGGGCUCUGCGAGCCCGCAUGGCACAGCGGCUGGAUGGGGCCCGAUUUCGCUACCUCAAUGAACAGCUAUACUCAGGGCCCAGCAGUACCGCACAGCGCCUCUUCCAAGAAGACCCUGAGGCUUUUCUCCUCUACCACCGCGGCUUCCAGAACCAAAUUAAGAAAUGGCCACUGCAGCCAGUGGAUCGCAUCGCCAGGGAUCUUCGCCAGCGGCCUGCAUCCUUGGUGGUGGCUGACUUUGGCUGUGGUGAUUGUCGCCUGGCUUCAAGCAUCCGGAACCCUGUACACUGCUUUGACUUGGCCUCUCUGGACCCCAGAGUCACUGUGUGUGACAUGGCCCAGGUACCUCUGGAGGAUGAGUCUGUGGAUGUGGCUGUGUUUUGCCUUUCACUGAUGGGAACCAACAUCAGGGACUUCCUGGAGGAGGCAAAUCGAGUGCUGAAGCCAGGGGGUCUCCUGAAAGUGGCUGAGGUCAGCAGCCGCUUUGAGGAUGUUCGGACCUUUCUGCAGGCUGUGACCAAACUGGGCUUCAAGGUCAUCUUCAAGGACCUGACCAACAGCUACUUCUUCUUGUUUGAUUUUCAAAAGACUGGGCCCCCUCGGGUAGGGCCCAAAGCUCAACUCUCAGGCCUGAAGCUUCAGCCAUGUCUCUACAAGCGCAGGUGACCUCUGGAACUCCCUUGAAAAGGGAGGCGGGGCUCGAACUCCAGGCUCAGAACUCUGAAGACUGUAUCCAGCCAGGCUGUGAGCCAGGAACUGGUAUCACCAUUUCUCCAUCCCAAGAACAAAGUGUGAUAAAACCUCUGGCUCAGCCUGUGGCUUCAUGGUUACAAGAAGCAUAAAGUCACAGGAGGUACGCUAAAGAAUAAGGAAUUUAUUGUGAGAACAUGGGGGUGUCUGGGAAUCAUGGAUCACUUUAGGUGUCACGAAAACUAGACGGUUUGGAAUUCAAGGCAUUUCUGGGUUUGGCUGCUCUUUCCAUCUCUCAGAAGCCACAUGGGCUUUCUGUCUUGGCAUCUCCACUCCGCUCUCUUCUUAUCUGUCUGCAGACGAGCAUCCUCUGCUUACCCAUAGCUUCUGCUCCUUCAACUUCCUUCUGCCGAGGCCUUCAGUGCUACAGACAGGCAGCUGUUGCUUUCUGGCUCUGGGGCAACUGGUAGUCCACCAAUAUCCUGGCUCAACACAUCAAUCUAAGCUACCAGGUCAAAACUGUUUAGAUGUCUCAGUACUGAGCAUUUCUAGUGGUUUAUCUUUUCUCCCUCUGCCCUCAUCUCCAUCUUUGGAACCAUAUGCACCAUACCAUUCCCCACACCUGUUAUCCUGUGGGUCCCUGAUGUGUGCACAGCUGAGAGUAUGGAUUUUAGAAUCAGUUAGACCUGGAUUUAAAUCCUGGCCUACCACUUAGAGCUGGGAGUCAUUUAAUUUCUGAAUAUCACAUUCCUGUCUUAAAGCAUUGUCAUGUGGGUUAACUAAGGAAAUCUAUAGCCAGGACUGGGAACAUAGGUGCUCAAUAAACUAGCUAUGGGUAUUGUGUGUUGUAAGCCUUAUUGUUCUUUGAAGACUUUCCCUAGGCUGGUUGGAGGUUGAAUGGUGAAAUGGAUUUGUUGACUAAGGAAGACCCUGGGAAAGCUCAGGAUAGGCCUUUCAACAGGCUCAUUUCAUAGGAUAUUUACAGACUUAAUGGAUUCUGUGCUGUCCUUGGAGAGGGUACUGAGGGAGCUUGGUCUCUGUUCAUAAACAACAAUUGGUUGAUGCCAUGUUGGGGAGGGGGAUUAGGCUGUUCAUUGGCAGAAGGGUCUGUCCAUUGUUUCUGCCUUGCAGUGGGCCCAGAUCAGCACAUCCUGGGAAAGCUAUAGUGAAGGAAGGCUACUGCUGUGGGAAGAUGAGAUGUGAUGAUAAAUGCUAGUCCUCCCCCAGAAGAUAUCUGAUAUGGGUCCGUAUGUAAAGGUAACAGCCUCUUCUGCCUAUUUCCAAGAACAAGACCUGAGAGUGCCUACUGGGAGGACAUGAGUCCUAGGGCUUUGAGCCAGUUGGGUGCUUCCAGUAAAGAGACAGGUUUUGAAAGAGGCUGUAGGCCAGAGAGCGUGUUUGGAGGCUGGGCUGUGAACCAUUCAGCAGACACUGCACAGUGCCUUUGCAUGUGCUAUUCUCUCUGCUGCUUAGUUGUCUGACUGGCAACAUUUACUCAUCUUUCCAAACAGCCUAGUUUCCUACUCACAUGCUCCCAAAGCAGAAUUCAUUCUUCAUCUAUGCUAUCAAAGUACUGCGUGAAGAGUGCUACUGCAGCAUUUAAAUACUGCAUUGUGACAACUUUGUGCAUUUGGCUGCAGUCUUUCCAAGCCAUAUUUACCUUUGUAGUCCCAGAGCUUGUCACUUGAGAGCAAGCCAGUGAAUGCACUUGUUCACCUAGGGAGAGAUGACAGGGUCCAAUUGAGUGGGAUUGAUGACAGCAGGGGUAUUCCAGAAACCCAGGUUGAGAGCACAAGAUGAGGGCACUGGAUGAGUCAUGAUGGAAGAAGUAGGUAGAUGGGAGAACUUCAUUAGAUAGGACUGGUGGGAUGUUGAGGGUAGAUGAGAAAGAAUCUGAAGUAAGUCCCAGGUUUCUGGCUUGAGCAGCUGGGUGGGCUAGUGGUGUCAUUCAAAAUGUUGGAUUUUAGGUGCUCAUUAGAUGUUCAUUUAGAAGUGGGACAUACGUGAGAUAUGUGCUAGUUUUGGAUAUCAGCAGCUUAGAGGCCUGAAGCAUCCUAAAGUUGUAGGAAUAGAUGAGCUAUCCAGGAAAGAUAAUGAGAAGAGAAAAUGGCUCAGAAUAGAACUCUGAGGAGCAUUUAAUGGAUGGGUAAAGGAAAAUGGAACAGUAAAGGUGACAGAAGAUGAGAAGGUUGGGUCAGAGAUAAAAGGAGUAAAACCAAGAGAGUGGAUCUUUUAUUUGGGAGAAAUGGGCAGGUUGUUGGCUGUCAAAUGCCGUUGAGAGGCCUAUUAAGAUGAGAGACAAGUUAGAUUGCAGUGUGGUAAGGACUGCUGAGUAUUGAAGGCCUGUUUGAAUUUAUGGUGGUAGUAUUCAUGAAUUUAUAGUUAUGCUGGUCAACCCAGUGGUGUGGUUAUCCCUGUCUACUCAGGCAUCUUGAUGUAACUGCAGAAGAGGUGAAUGCUAAGGGACCAUCCAGAGUUCAUUUCACACAAUUGAAAUGAAAGGACAGUGAGCAACGGAGUUUUAGGUCAUUAGCAAGUAAGCAGUGUCUAUACUGGACCAUGGAAUUUUGUAGAACACAUAGGAGAGUGAAGACAAGAGUAGGUUAUUGUCCUGGAAGUAAUUAAACAAGUGACGGGAGGAUGGGAGGCUGUGGUUAGAAAUUGGAAUGCUUUGGAAGCAGAGCGGCUCCAGGUAAUGGCAAAGUCUAAUCUAGCCACAGGGGUAAGUGGUUUGCCUGGAGAUUGGUUAAUGGACUGAGGGAUCAGGAAUUGUGGGGAGUGGCUAUCUGCAUGGACUUUGAAGUAUUCUAGGAUGAUGGUAGAAGCUGGCAGUGGAACAGGUGCCAAUCUCUUGAGGGAGGGGGAGGCAGGGUGGUGGGAAUUUCAAAAGAGCAGAAGGUUUAUACUGCCUACUAGACAGACUUCCAUGUUGGUGGUGAUGUGAGGCUGGUGAGUGGAGUGGAGCUGGCUGCCAGGCAGCCAACAUAAAAUGCCCUGACAGUUCCUUUUCAGCCUGUCAGGAUUCACAGGCUUAGGCAGUCAGGAUGGCCGAGCGGUCUAAGGCGCUGCGUUCAGGAUUCACAGGCCUACUGGGGAGACCUGACUGUCAUGGCAUCUCCAUGAAGCAGGAGAUUCCUGGGAUAACCAAAGGGGGUGUGAUGGUUGCGGGGGACAAGCCACAAAGUUCAGGGAAUGUGUUGGGGUAGCAGAGUAUCUCACUGUAGGACACACGUCAUCUUUUUAUAGCUCCAUAUUCAUGUUCUUUCCCAAAUGUUAUUUAUGUUCCUAGAUCUUGAUUAAUUCUCUCUGUUUUCUUAUUGAACUCCGCAGGACAGCUGGGGUCUGCCUUCCUCCCUCUUCUGCUUUACUCUCUUGUAAUUUGGAUUCGCCACUUGCCUAUUCUGGCUCUGGCCACCUGAGUAAACAUCUCUGGAUCUGACUCAGGCCCCAGGCCUAGAGAUAAAAGGAGGCACUCUCUACUUCAGCGCAGUCCCCACUAGUGGUCCCCAUCAGUCACCCCAAUUCUGAAAGGCGGACUCUCCUGAGCCUGAUCUCCUCCGUCAUCAGCUUCAGGACAAGCUCUUGUACAAGUCCAUGCCUGGGCUUCAGUGUCUAAUGUUGAGAGCCUUGGCUGAAGAGAGAACAAUGUAUAUUUCCUUAAGAAAUAACAGCAUGCUCUCUGUUUAAGAACCAAUGAGACCAGUGUGGCUAGAACAGAUUGAAGGAGGGGCAAGAGUAGUAGGAGGUAAAUGAGAGUUGGAGGGGGUUACUCCGAUUGUGAAAGGCAGUUGCUCUCAGACUUUAGAAUGCAUUAAGAUCACCUGGAAGCAUGUUAUAGUGCAGAUUCCUAAGCUCUCUCCUAGAGUUUCUGAUUUUGUAGAUCAUGAUAGGGCCCCAGCAGUUAUUUUCUGGUUGCUUUGAUUUUCUUGGUGAAGCAGGAAGUAGAUUUAUUGGUUAAGAGUGAGAACGGAGGAAAGGAUGUUGGGGUUUUGAGGAGAGGAGAAUGUGAAUAUCUUUUGGAGAGAAUGAAAGGAGAAUGAAAUGAAAGAGGGAAUGAGUGAACUAGGGAAAUACUAGGGGUCUUCAAAAAGUUCAUGGAAACAUUUGUAUUAUUUUUUAAUUUUAUUUUUCCGCAAACUUUGGAGUACCCUUGUACAGAUUGAUUGCUGAUAGCAUUAAUAGCACACUGGAGAUACAAGGUAAUAAAGUAAAGAGGAUGGGUUGGGAGGAGACUGGUGCAAGGUUGCUUUGUAGAGAACUUGUUACUCUGAGACAAUGUACAGCUGGGCUGUCAAGCCCUAACCCUCCUUUGUGGGGGCAGGUUCAGCCCUCUUACCUCAAGGCUAGUUGGAGAUUCCACUGGAACCAUUCGGGAAGCUUGAGGUAUUUAUUCCUACAACUGAAGAAUGAUGAGCCUAGAGUCUGACUCCUGCCCUGGAAAUGUAGAGGACAAGCAAGGCUUGCUAACUGUUUCAAUGCUGGAGCCAGGGGACUGCUGCUGCUUUUGCAUUGGCCUGCAUUCCCAGAAUUUGCCCUGGCAAGUGAUGCAUGAAUGUGUCCUCUAUGCAUCUUGCUGGAAAGAGGGAAGUGUGGGGUUGUCUUGGGUCCUGUCUAGUAGGACCAUUGAAGAGUCAAGGAGACCUCAGCACAAAGAAGCUAGGAGUCUGCCAUGUGGGCUGAGAAGGUAGUUGCUGGGGACUACCUAGAACAGAGUUGCAUCCGCCAGAGUCAAGGGAACUGCAGAGAAGGAACAGCAGGGAUGCCCCCUUCAACUAUCUUCCAGGCCCAUAGGGCAUAGAACCACUCAGUAAAGUCAGACUGUUUAAUCACCUUGUUUCUCCUCAUCAGUGAUUGAGCCCAGAGCAGUCAGCAGUAGUAGGUGGAGAGGAUGUGAGAAGAACGACGAGUAUACAGGUCACUCCUUUCCCCGGUGCAGGCUUCUUGACCUAGGUGGGACAGAGUUGGGAAGGGAAAAGAUUUAAAACUGAAACAGGUGCAGAUUAUUUAUUGAGACACAGGAUUAAGCAUUAUAAUUAUGUAGUUGAGAUUGUGUUGGUGCCCUUAAACCAAUCCUAGGACUAUCUAUUAACUAAGAAUGUCUCAGGCUUGCUGCAGCUUUUCUUCACAGCAGGGGAAGAGUACUCCUCCAUCAGUAAAGUUUGGAGGGGAGGUGAGAGACAAGAAUGAAGUCGGGUGUGAAUAUCAGUCUAUGCCUUGUGCUUGUUCAACAUCUCUUAGAGGUCUCCAAGUAGGCAGCUGUUGCAGUAUUGGUGUGCUCCUGCUUUUCUUCUCUAAUAUAGCCCUAAGGGAACAUAGUUCCAAAAGAAACGACAUGAUCUUGGCAGAGACACAGCUCAGCUCCAAGCACCCAACUGUUUACGUAAUUGCACAAAGCCUUCCACAGCUUUUACAGGGACUAGUAAUUAGAGCUGUUCAUUCCCAGGUAGUUCUCCUUCCCAGGUGACUUUUCUGACCAGCCACCUGGUUCUAGGAUAUUCGCUGCAGUUAAACUGUCUUACUGGUCUAAUUAUUUCUACUCCUGUCCCCAAAGCAAUCCAUUUUCCACACAGCAAAGCAAUCUUUUUAAAAUGUAAAUCAGAUUAUGUUACUUCUCUGCUUAAAACCUUUCAGUGGAUUCUCAUUUCCUGAAAACAAAAGACAAACUCCUUCCCUGGCCAGUUUGUGAUCUUCCCCAGGCUUCCAUCUCCAGCUGCAUCUUAGCCCAUUCAUUCCUUCCUCUCACAAAACUCCAGUCACACAAGCUUUCUUUUCAUCUCUCAAGCAUUCAUGCUGCUCCAUCUUCCUAGAAUACUCUUUCCCUGAUGAGUUCAUUUUCAUCUUUCAAAUAUUCACACCAACAUCACCUUUUCUUCUGCUGAAGAAACUGGCUAGAUGCUCACCAAGAUGUCCUCUUUCGGGGCAUGUGAUAAUCUACAUUUUCCAGCUCCAUGCAUCUAAGUGGGGUUGUGUGAGUAGUUUUCACCAAUGGAAAGUGAGUAGAAGAGAUGUUUCAAUACCAGGCCAAGGCCAUUAAAGUGUGGAUAAGUCUUUUCCAUAUUCUCCCAUUCCUUCCUCUGUCUACCAAGGUCACCUUGAAGCACAUGUUUUGAAAGUGAUGAAAUCAUAGUAUAGAAAUCUGGAUACCUGAGUCACUACUUGCAGAAGAGGUGCUUGACCAAGAACAUCCGUAUUGGGCUUUGAACAAGAAAUAAACCUCUAUUGCAUUAAGCUAGUGAGGUUUGGGAGUGUUACAGCAGUUAUUUCAUAUCCUGUAUUUAUCUUCAAUGGGCAUCCUGUCUGUCUUACUCUUGACCACAAAACACUCUUUGUUUCCUUCAGUGCUUCAAACAUUUAAUUACCUUUCCAGAUGCCAGUCAACACUUCAUACUUGUCACAUGAAUUUAAAAUUGGGGGGAAAAAUGCUCACAUCAAGAAGUUGAGAUAUUUAUUUUGAUUGUGACAAAAAAAGAAAUCCCACAAAAGAAUGCAUUAAACAGAUUCGAUUUUUUUUUCUCAUGUGACAAGGAGCCUGAAGGUAGGUGAUUUAGCAUUGGUUCGGGAGCUCGAGGAUGUGAGGGGUGAAGUCUCUGACUCUCGGUCUCUUGAUUCUCAUGGACACAAGAUGAUGUUUUCUUGAUUAAGCCGGAACACCCUACUUUUAUACUUCUUGGGAGUCUUGCUGAUUGCCACAGCCCCUAUCUUUUUGGCUUUACUUCUAGGGUCCUACAUUUUUAAUACUCUGGUGUAAAUAUGUUCCAUUAUCCUUAUAACAUGACUGAGACCAAUCUGAAAUAAUAACAUUUAAAAUAUAUUUUUCUUCCCCACCCCUUCCCACAUCUCAGCAACCUGUCAGCGACCCAUUCAAUUCAAAGCUGCUCUCCCUCCAGCUCAGUGGGGUGGGGGAACAAUCUGUUUCUUUCACCCGUUCUUUACAUCCUGUGUCUCUUCUAGGAUUGGAAUGGGAGAAGGCAUAUUAAAGGAAAAAAAACUAAACUUA